AAGAAAUAAAGCCACAAAAAGGCAGCAUGAUGAUUGACAUGCUGACUCCACCUCAUAUCUGUCUUUAAAAGGACACGUGCUUGUCCAUGUUUAAGUGAUUUGUUGUCCCACAGCGUGAACGCAGAUGGAUGCGUGUGAGGAGCCGAAAGAUGUCAUUCUCACUACACCUGUGCUGCCGCCUCCUGGACGGACGCGACUCCUUUGCAGCGACUGUACUAUAAGUGAACGGACAGCUUAUGAGCCCCACUCAAAGCGAGAGAACCACACGCAAGGAGAGGGAUGGCGAGGAUACCGCUGCUGCACCUCCGCGUCCUUCUCUUGGGGCUCUUAUUAACGGGGACCUUGACAGUCCAGGGGAACAGAGUGGCGACAUCGCCCGACGAGGAGAGGGACAAAGAGAGCGACGCGGAGACGCCAUGUGAGGUGAAAACCGUGACCGUCUCUACCCUGCCCGUACUCCGGGAGAACGAGUUCAGCUUCACCGGCGGAGCCGCGGGGAACGUGGUCGGAGGAGGGGGUGCCGCCGGAGCAGGUGGCGUUGGUGGAGGAGGAACUGGAGGAGGAACUGGAGGAGGAGGAGGAGGAGGAGCAGGAGCAGGAGGAGGGGGGGAAUCCCGACUCCUGUUAUUCGUUAGAACAGACCUACCUGGGCGAAUUUCCGUAAUGGAUGAUCUUGACAACACAGCUCUCCCCUACUUCACACUCGAGAUGUCGGGUACGGUUGAAGAUAUUUCUCAGGUACACUGGAAGCAGCAGUGGUUGGAAAAUGGAACACUGUACUUCCAUGUGUCCAUGACGGAGUCAGAGCUUCUUGCUCAGACGACACAACCCACGGCGCGGGAGCCUGCUCAUGUCCUCCAUGAACAUAUGCAUCUGCUGCACAUCUCUGUUAUGGGAGGCCUCAUCGCUCUCCUCCUCCUGAUUCUCCUCUUCACCCUCGUUCUAUACACCCGCCACCGGUGGUGCAAGCGUCGCCGCAUCCCCCAGAAAAGCGCCAGCACCGAGGCCACCCACGAGAUCCACUACAUCCCCUCCGUCCUGCUCGGACCGCAGGGCCGCGACAGCUACCGGGCCUCUCGGGGCACCCACCAGCACAGCAGCUCCGUCAUCGGCAUGCCCAUCCGCGAGACCCCCAUUCUCGACGAUUACGACUGCGACGAGGAGGACCAAGGCGGGCACUCGCUUAACUCCACGCCCAACCAGCUCCACAACAAGAUGAAUGAUGGAAAGGUGCAGGAGGACUACGGAGUAAACAUCGGCAUUGGAGGACACACAGACAUGAUGUGCAAGGAAGAUGACGUUAAGCAUAAUUUUGACAAACGAGCCAUCGACCCAAACACAGAGUCGGUAGAGGAUUUGAUGCAGAGGUUCCAGGACAGUUUCCGUGUUCCCAACACGCCAACAGACAUGUCUCACUACCAGCAUGUCAUGCACAGCUCAUCAACAGGCCGCCGGAGGGUCCCCAGCCACACCAGAGCAACUGGAGGUGUGUUUGGUCCUCAAGGGGAAUCAGGGUCAGAGCCUGAAGAUGACAGCCAAAUGAAGUUUUACACAGAGCAGCACAGAGGACGAAGGCGCGGCAAAGGCCACCCACACAGCCCUCUUAAUAAGGUCACCCUGACGCUGAUUACCAUCAGCACAUGUGUCAUUGCCAUUGUCUAUGCUACGCAGGAUUCCUGCCCCCUCACUGUCAAGGUUACCCUCCAUGUGCCUGAGCACUUUGUUGCAGACGGAAGCAGUUUUGUGGUCAGCAUGGGAAGUUUCCUGGACGUUUCUAAUUGGCUAAACCCAGCCAAGCUAACCCUCUACUAUCAGACCAAUUCGUCCACACAGUGGGUCCGGGACUACUGUGGCCAGAGGACCACUGAGCCCUGCGAGCAGAUUUGUGACCAGGACACAGGAGAAUGCAGCUGUCAUGAGGGUUAUUCCCCCGAUCCUGUCCAUAAACACCUCUGUGUUCGAAGUGACUGGGGUCGCAAUGAAGGUCCUUGGCCAUACGCUAACUUGGAGAAAGGCUAUGACCUAGUUACAGGAGAGCAGGCCCCAGAGAGGAUCUUCAGAUCAUUCUACAGUCUGGGCCAAGGGUUGUGGCUGCCAGUCAGCAAGAGCUUUGUGGUGCCACCAGUGGAACUGUCAAUCAACCCCAUUGCCAGCUGUAAGACAGACGUGUUGGUUACCGAAGAUCCAGGGGAGGUCAGGGAAGAGGCCAUGAUGUCCACUUACUUUGAGACAGUAGAGGAUCUACUGGCAUCUUUUGGACCUGUCCGUGACUGCUCCAAAGAUAAUGGUGGCUGCAAAAAGAACUUCAAGUGUGUUUCUGACCGACAGUUAGACUCAUCUGGCUGCAUGUGUCCUGAGGGGCUGAGGCCAAUGAAAGAUGGCUCAGGUUGCUAUGACUACUCCAGGGGCAUCGACUGCACGGAUGGCUUCAAUGGAGGCUGUGAACAGCUGUGUCUCCAGCAGCUUGUGCCCCUUGAAGAUGACCCCAGUUCCAGCAACGUGCUUAUGUUUUGCGGGUGCGUGCAGGAGUACAAACUGGCAGGGGAUGGGCGCUCCUGCCUCCUGCAGUCAGACAACUGUGAGGGACCAAAAUGCCCAAGGCAGGAUGUCCACUUCAAUGACACCCUGUUUGGUGAGAUGCUGCAUGGAUACAACAACAAAACCCAGCAAGUCAACUUGGGACAGAUAUUCCAAAUGACCUUCCGGGACAACAACUUCAUUAAGGACUUCCCCCAGCUGGCCGAUGGUCUCAUGGUCAUCCCCUUACCGGUGGAGGAACAGUGUCGAGGGGUCUUGUCAGAGCCCCUGCCCAACCUGCAGCUCCUCACAGGAGAUGCCCAAUUUAGUGAAGCAGUGGGCUACCCUAUGGUUCAACAAUGGAGAGUACGCAGCAAUCUGUACAAAGUCAAACUCAGCUCCAUUACCUUAUCUACGGGUUUUUCCAAAGUGCUGAAGACACUGUCAGCAGACAGCACGCGUGAGGAGCUGCUGGCUUUUCUCCAGCAGUACGGCAGUCACUAUGUGUCUGAGGCCCUGUACGGCUCUGAGCUCAGCUGCAGCAUCUACUUCCCCAGCAAGAAGGCCCAGCAGCAGCUCUGGCUGCAGUACCAGAAAGAGGCAACAGACCAAGGGGUUGGCGGAGGUGGGCGGCGAGAGCUGAAGUCGGUCCCCUUCAUCAGCUACCUGUCUGCACUGCAGAAGAGCCAGCUGUUGUCUGACGACAUAGUGAAUGGUGUGGAGAUCCGCUGCGAGGAGAAGGGCAGCUGUCCAACUGGCUGCCACCUGUGCCACCACCAGGCCAUGAUGGGAGGAGUGUCAGGGAGGGGCCGCAGUGCUAACGGCAGGAGCGGAGAGCAGCCUUCCCCCAUCCCUGUGCUGCUGGAGGUUAGCCGCGUGGUGCCCCUCUACAGUCUGGUCCAAGACAACGUCACCAAAGAGGCCUUCAAGAGCGCCACAAUGAGCUCAUACUGGUGUGCUGGAAAGGGCGAUGUCAUUGAUAACUGGUGUCGCUGUGACCUGAGUGCCUUCAGCAAAGAUGGCCUGCCUAACUGCAGUCCCCUCAGGCAGCCAAUUUUGCGCCUAGCCCCGUACCUGGAGCCCUCAAGCACAAUGGUGGCCCUGGAGUGGAUGGAUGUGGAGCCUCUGAUUGGCUGCAAGGUUUCUGACUAUAUCAUCCAGCAUAAACGAGUGGAGGACCCUACGGAGGCCGAGGUCUACACAGGUGAGGUUCUGAGCUUGAUGGAUGAUCUGUUCUCUGGUUUGGGUUCAUCCUGUGUUGUCGCUGGGAGGAGAACUGGAGACCAUCCUCACUCUGUGCUAUAUUCAGUGGUUUUCAAGUGCCUGGAACCCGACAGUCUCUACAAGUUUACUCUAAAUGCAGUGGAUAGCCGAGGCAGUCACUCUGAAUCAAGCUUUGUCUCAGUACGGACAUCCUGUCCAAUGGUGGAUGACAGCCGAGCUGAAGAGAUAGCAGACAAGGUGUACAACUUGUACAAUGGCUACACCAGUGGCAAGGAGCAGCAGAUGGCCUACAACACACUGAUGGAGGUCUCUCCUCCACUGCUAUACAGAGUCCAGCACCACUACAAUUCUCACUAUGAAAAGUUUGGAGACUUCGUGUGGCGUAGUGAGGAUGAGCUGGGCCCCAGAAAAGCCAACCUGAUACUUCGCAGGGUGGAGAAGAUCAGCCGCUACUGCAGGUCCCUCCUGCGCAGCACCCACAUCCAGAGCCGCACUGACACCAUGGCAUACGUCUACUGCCGGAGCGAAGAGGGCCGACCUCCCAGCAACACCCGGCACAGCUCUUUACACGAAAGUCGCACCACCUGCAUGGAAAAACUCAUCUCUGUACAGCGUAACACAUACAGCAACACCAAACUCCGAUGAGACAGGAGUUUGGAGAUGAGCGGUGCGUCUGCGAUUUUUUUCUUGCAAAAUGACAUCAUUGAUUGAUGUACUCCGUCACUCCACUCUGCAGCAGGUGUCUCUCAAGUGACUGGUGCAUUUUGAAAAACCAGGAGAGCCAAAAAAAAAAAAAAAGAAAAAACCUCAGAAGUCACUGGACAUUGUCUUUAAGCUACCGAAAAACAUAUUUUUGUGUGGCCUACUUUUAUUAUAAGACAGAGGAUUUAAAAAAAAAAAAAAGAAACAUAUUUCUCAACUGCAAAAUGCCAGUGAUUGCACAUAUCAAUGAGAAACUGCAGUGUGAACAUGUAAAAUAUCAUUCAACCAAGAGGAUAACUGGUUGGCUUAAGUACUUUGAAUGUAAUAUUGUAGUUCCUUUUUGGUGCUUUGAAGCUUAAUGGAACACUUAAAAGAGAGAAAAAAAAAGGAAAAAUCAAUAGCAUAACUUAUUUGCCUUUACUACCUUCAUUUGAAAGGAGAAACUGAAAUGUGUUAAAGCCAUUUGAAAAUCACUUACUUGUUUUUGAGUUCACGUUAAUUAAAAAAAAAAAAAUCAUAUCAUCGCUUCAUGAAUUUAAAAUCAGUAAGUGAGAAACUAUGUAGUUAGUCUUGUAUUACAUUUGAUAGAUUCAACUGAAAUAGCAAGGCUUUGUGUGGUAACAGGAUUGACAAACAGGCCACUGACAUUAUGCAAAGACAGAGUGGGUGGCAUUCAAACAUCAUACUCAUUCACAGACUUUUACUUCAGCGCUGAAAUUUAAGAAUCCUUUGUCAUCUCCCUUUUUAGUACCACAGUACCCAAAAUUAAUACUGUUGAAUAUGGUAGCUAAUGUCAAUGACAUUAAUUUCACAAACUAAAAACAAACUUGAACACAGAUUUGUGCACCCAGAACAAAAAAGUCAAUGCUUUUGCCACACUUAAGUCUUUAAAGUGAAUGCUUUAGAUAUUAUGAUGGGUUUGGUAUGUGACACAACAGUAUAGAUACUGUAAGAAAUCAGAUGCUGAUUUAAUAAUGUCUGCAAACCCAUGUAAUAUGCUUGUAAUCUGUAAUAAUAAGUUACAACUUGUUGGUGGAAUGUGAGUCAUGGCGGAUCAGUUGACAAGUUCUGCAAAUUAAACAUAGAUCUGCCAUAACACACAGACAAGAGGGGCAGUAUACAAUGUGGUAACAAUAUGGUCACAGGAGUGAUUCAGACCUGGAUAUGCUGAAUGCAUCUCUGAAAAGUUCCUCCCUCACAGCAGAAAACAUGGCAGGUGGGAUGAUAACGUGAUCAUUUUUGAGGAACUUUUUCAGGCAGCCAAACAGUUUGCGUCAAACCAACUGUAACCGUGUGAGGUUACUAUAUGCUGAAUUGUGAAGAAUCAGUGAUUGUAGGGAUCACCUGUGGUCCUUUUAAUCGUAUUUUAUUUAUUUUUCAGGCCAGUGACAUAUCUUCAAAGCCAUGGAUAUUGUUUCAAUGAAGAUAAACAAUGCCUUUUUUUCAAUAUUUUCAUCUCAUGUUAUAUGAAUUGUAAUAAUAAAUUAAUAUAUUGUAAAUUUUAAAUUGUAAAAAAAAAGACAUCUGUAUUAUUAUGUGGCUUUGAUUGUCUUUUUCUGAAGAAUGUGAAAUAUUAAAAAUGUAUAUAAA